UACUUACGAUCACGUUGCAAUCAUGCUCACGAAUGCACAGCAUGACCAAGUGGAUGUAAUAUGAUCACGUGGAUAUAGCGUGACCCCGGCCACCGUGACACCAUGACCCCUAACCCUGGAACAUUGCUGCACUUCCUCCUGUGUCUCACCUGCUGGCACCGGGCCGCCGCCCAGGUCUUUGACUUUGAAUCAGCGUCGGACGAAAGAUGGACGACGGUCAACCGGACGUUCUAUCGUGCUGAAGCCGGAAGUCAGAGUCACGUGCCAGGCAUUCCUAAAUUAGACACCACCAACCGCUCAUUGCCAGGUCACUAUGGUCUGGCUCUGUACGAGCCACGCAAGGAACAGGUCUACCUGGUGAGUCAGUGUCUGGAGCCCACGGGACCCGACUGUCGUAUAGAGUUCAAGGCCAUGUUCAAGAUCAGUGGCCAGGUCUCCGUGCUGACCAUGCAACAGUGCAACUGCAAGAGAGACGUGCACCCCAGGACAAUGUUCAAGGCCAGGGCGUCACCCACACACGCAGGGGAGGGAUGGCUCCCAUUCAACAUAACACUGGGCAGACAUGCCGUCAGUUUUGAAAUCACCAUAGCAACCAUCUUGCUGGAUCGGAACGAGUUUCUAGCGAUAGACGACAUUGAGCUCAUUGGCUGUGACCCCGUGCCCAAGCCACCGCCCAACUGCCCCAGUGAGUCGCCAUUUUAUUGUGCCGGCAGCGGCGAGUGCCGGUCACGUGACCAGCUGUGUGACCGGAACCAGGACUGUAUGUGUGGGGAGGAUGAGGCGGAGGAUCUGUGUG